GUCGCAACUCUCUGACUCGCAGCUCGCUAGAUAUCCGCGUGAAUUUCUAGUUUAUAUAAUUUGGAAUCGGCGGCACUUCAUAGCAUUAUGCUGACGGCUGCUGGGACGGUUCACGAGGAAGUUCGAGACAGUUACGAGCAUAAUUAGCCCUCUUUGUGGUUUAAAUAUGGGAGAUUUCAAAUUUAGUUUUGAAUUAGAUGCAGAAGGUGCCGAUGUUGAACCUGAAUCUGAUGUUCAAGAAUCUAAAGAAAAGAAUGAUGUACGUGUGACCCUUAGACCAGCAAGAGAGAUCUGCAUUCCGUAUGAUCAGAUUAAAUAUGAGGAUAAGAGAAUACUGCAAGUUUCAUGUGGUGAUUACAUCAUCUCUUACCUGCAUCCUCAAGAUGUUGAAGGUUUGAUUGAUGAAAAGAGUGAAAUCAAGGAAGCCAUUACAACUCAUUCGGAUCUACUGCCAUGCAUUUAUGAAGGUGGACUGAAAGUUUGGGAAUGUUCCUUAGACUUGGUCCAGUAUUUGCAGGACCUGGACCCAGCAUCUUUUUCUGGUCAAAACAUCUUGGAGCUUGGAUGUGGAGCAGGUCUACCAGGAAUCUACUCUCUACAGAAAGGAGCUACUGUCCAUUUUCAAGACUAUAAUGAAGAGGUCUUGGAACUUUUGACCAUUCCAAACGUCCAACUGAACACCAAACCAGAGGUCUACAAAGAAAGAUGUCUUUUCUUAUCUGGGGAUUGGAGUUUAGUGCAAGAUCUAUUACUGAAGGGAGCCACCAGGUAUGAUGUUAUUCUGACUUCAGAGACCAUAUACAGCUUAGACUCACAACCCAGGCUUUACAACAUUAUCAGAAACUUACUCAAACCAAAUGGCAUAGUAUAUCUUGCUGCUAAGACGCAUUACUUUGGUGUAGGAGGCGGAACAAGGCAGUUUGAAGAGUUUGUAAAGGAGAAGGGAGAGUUUGAGAUAGAAUCUGCUAAAGUUAUCAGGCAGGGAGUGCAGAGAGAGAUACUCGAAAUGCGAUUAUUACAGCCGGAGAGGAAGGAAGUCAAAACUUCAUAGCAGGUUGUUAUUUGUUUGCUCCUUGAAAUUGAUAUUUGGUUGUCUUCAUGCUUGCCCAUGAUGAAUGAGGAGGCAUGAUAUCUCAGUCAGAAGAUGGGGUUGGUACGUAUUGCAAUCCACUUAGAUUUCAACACAGUGCACUAAAGCCAAUUCGUUUAUUCUCAUUUCCAAGUCCCUCGGAGCUGAUCUUAAACCUUUGAUCCUCGGGUAGCUUUCUUAGAAGUCGGUUGAUGAAUCAUUACCACCCUACUAAUACUCAUGUGAAUGUGUAGAUGCAAUCUGCGUUUCAGGAGGACUGUGACUAGACUGCACAUGAUAAGAUUCUCUCUGUCAACGGUCAUGUGACUCUCCUGGGCCGUCACAUCUGAAAGUGAAACAACCCGAGGUUGAUGAUCUAAAUACAUUUCUAGGUUCCAUUUCAUAAAAUUGUUAUAAGAACGAAUAUGCAAUAGCAGUUAAAAGCUACUGAAAUCUCUCUGUCUGAUUGGUUGACGUUAAAUUUGUUAUAGAAAUUCUGCAUUUGUUACUAUAGCAAGGCGUUAUGAAACGGCAACCUGGCGUACACCCUGUAAAUGAAAUGGCAUCUUCGAUCUGAAAAAAAGUAAAAAAAAUCUUGGAACCAGCAGGAUAUUGAACCUGCCAUUUAAUGCUUGCAGGACAGUGACGCAACCACCAGGCCAUCAUCACUGGUUCUUGGGAUGAUCAUGAUGCCGUAUCCAUGAACACAUCUCCUUGACUUUUGGAAUGAGGAAGCCUGAGCACAGGCUGUCAGCGGGUGUUCUGUCGGAGAUUUAAAAAGAAAAUGUUUGAAGGACAGUCUCAUAUCGAGUUGAAGCAGUGCCAGAUUUGACAAAGAGUAAUGGACUGUGACUGUGCCAAGGAUAAAAAGAAAUGGAGAUCAGCGGUGCAUUUGAAACUCAAAGAAAGAAGCAAUGUGAUGAUUAGACAGGAUAACCUUUUUUUUCUGGGGAUUUGCCAAAAAAAAUUCUGACAUUUGACUACCAUCCCCACUAAAUCACCGGAACAACUGAUGUUGCUGUCAGAGACUGAACUUUUUGGUUAAACACAAUCUUUCUGCAACGGGACCCACAUAGGUUAAAAGAUGAAUACCAGUUUUGAUUUGAUCUCAAAAUGUGUUUGAACAGAAUCCAAUGAAUUGACCACCCAAGUUUUGUAUGUAUAAAAUAAUGCAAAAAAAAGGGCGAAAUGGCUCUGGAGAAAAAGUAAUUUCUGAUAAAUGAGCAAAAUAAGCACGGAAUUCCAUAUGUCAGGUAUUUUUCCAAACAAUAUUAACUCACUCGGAUAUAUCCACGCGCUCUUUUCAGACCACCGGAAAUAUUGGCAAAGUACUCCCGACCAAAAGGUCAAGCGCGCACAGAGUUCCACACUUUUUUUAAUUGCGUGCGAGCGUGCACACAAGCCCCAUCCAGCUCAUGGAUAUCGAUGGUCUUAAAGGGGAAGCUAACCCUGACAAAAAUUUUAUUGUAAAAAUAGCAGAAAAGACAUAAUGCGGAAGGUUUUAAAUAAAUCCAUCAAAGAAUUAAAAAGUUAUUUGAAUUUGAAUCAUUUGAUUUGUGACGCCAUAUGUGAGCAGCAUUCCUACAGUUUUAUCGACAGUGCCUUUUUAUCCUACAUAAAUAAUAUAUGUAUUUAAAUGCCAUAUGGUAUUUGUGUGCAUUUAUUAAAAAAAAACUGUUUCCCCUUUUCCAGAUUCUUCCUCCGUGAAUGCAUAUCUCAUAAUCCUA